AUGACAGAUAUUUUCGAAUUAAAUAAUAAUUAUUAUGAUAUGCGACCGUUUACAAAUAAUUGGAAGACAAGUAGUGUAGUCUUGCCUAAAUAUCAAUUUAAUCGUUUUGUUGAUCGAAAUAUUGUACUUCUCGGAAGAUUGCGAACAGGAAAGAGUACUUUGAUUAAAGUACUUAAGAGUAGUUCUUUUCGACCUACUGGUGAAUCUUUGUAUACUCAUACACAAAAUGUACAAUUCCAGAACGUGACAAUCGAAAGUAAUGACGGAAUAAAACUCAGGUUUAAUAUUUUUGAUACACCAGGGCAUUUCCAAGUGACUGGUAAUGAUUGUAUUAAACAGAUCAUUGAUGCUUGUAUUGCAUAUGGUAUUAUCAAUGUACAUAUGUUUGCCUUUGUCAUUAAUCUUACUAAUUGCCUCAACUAUCAAGAUAUCGAAGCAAUUAAAUUCUUAAAAAACAAAUAUCCUUCUCUUGGCAAACAUAUGGCUCUUAUUUUAACUCAUUGUGAAAGUUUAACAAAGGCAAGACGGCAACAAUUAACUGAUGAUUUCUUGGAUUACAUUGACGUUAGAAGAAAUGAAUUAGCUGAAUAUUUUGGUCAAGGUAUUUUCUACAUGGGUUGUUUCAGGUACGAACCAUUUGAAAACAAAAAUCAGCGAAUCACAGAAGAACAAAAAAAAGCUAUCACUGAAAUGCGAACAACAUUUAUUGAAAAAUGCUUAAGCUGUGAGACAACCUCUAAUAUUUACCAAGACCAAACUUGCACAAUCAUGUAA